GCCCGCCGAGGCGGGGCCGCCCCGCGCCCCCCGCGGCCAUGGCGCGGCCGCGCAGCCUGGGCCGCAUCCCCGAACUGCAGCUGGUGGCCUUCCCGGCGGCGGCCACCGAGGACGAGGCGUUCCUGCCCGAGCCCCCGGCCCCGCGUGCGCCCCGCCGCCCACGUUCACCACCUUCCUCGCCUGUCUUCUUUGCCAGCCCGUCUCCAACUUUACGCAGGCGCCUUCGGCUUCUCCGCAGCUUUCAGGAUUUCAGCCGCCCGGCGUGGGCUGGCUUCGAGGCAGAGAAUGGGCCGACGCCAUCACCAGGCCGCAGCCCCCUGGACUCGCAGGCGAGCCCGGGCCUCGUGCUGCACGCUGGGGUGGCCACCAGCCAACGCCGAGAGUCCUUCCUCUACCGCUCUGACAGCGACUAUGACAUGUCACCCAAGACCAUGUCCCGGAACUCGUCGGUCACCAGCGAGGCGUGAGCACCCCCUAUCCCUCCCCACCAGCUCUUCCAGGCCUGGCCUUAACGCAAGCUACCUUUCCCAGCAAGGAGCGGGGGACACUGCCCAAGCCCCUCCUCCCCACACCUGUCCUGCCCAGUGAUAAGUCAAUAAUAGCCCCCCUUUUCCCUAUCAAGGGCUCAGUUCCCCCCCUUUUUUUGGCCUUGCCCACAGCCUGUGGAAGUUGCCUGGGCCAGGGAUUGAACCUGAGCCACAGCAGUGCAAUGCCGGAUCCUUAACCACCAGGCCACCAGGGAACUCCAGGGGCUCAGUCCCUUUAUAGCAUGUCCACCCAGUGAGAUAUGAGCGCCCACCCUAUCUCUGUACCCACCCAGCCACACCGAGCCCCUCCCUCAGGCCAAGCCCCCUCCUAUGUCUAUAUAGCCCCCACCCAUUCAACUUGCCCAAGCCUCCUCUGACCAGUUGGUUUUGGGGGCCCAGUCUCACCUCACCCUGUCCCUCCAGCAAGGAGGGAACCCCACUUGAGCCCCUCCCUGCCCGCAUUUCCUCCCAGAGUGUCCACCUUGGCUGAGCCCCCUCCUCCUCCCCAGCUCCAGGCUUCGCUAAGCAAGACCCCCUUAUCGUGACCACCUGUCGAGGCACGCAGAGGACCUCAUCGUGACGCCAUUCGCCCAGGUGCUGGCCAGUCUCCGGAGCGUUCGCAGCAACUUCUCACUCCUGACCAAUGUGCCCAUUCCCAGCAACAAGAGGUCCCCGCUGGGCGGCCCAACCCCUGUCUGCAAGGCCACACUGUCAGAGGAGACAUGUCAGCAGUUGGCCCGGGAGACGUUGGAGGAGCUGGACUGGUGUCUGGAACAGCUGGAGACCAUGCAGACCUACCGCUCUGUCAGCGAGAUGGCCUCCCACAAGUUCAAGAGGAUGCUAAACCGUGAACUCACACACCUGUCAGAGAUGAGCAGGUCAGGAAACCAGGUCUCUGAGUACAUCUCCACUACAUUCCUGGAUAAGCAGAAUGAAGUGGACAUCCCAUCACCCACAAUGAAGGAUCAUGAAAAACAGCAAGCACCACGGCAGAGACCUUCCCAGCAGCCCCCACCCCCUGGACCACAGUUCCAGCCCAUGUCACAGAUCACCGGGGUGAAAAAGCUGAUGCAUAGCAGCAGCCUGAAUGAGGAUUCCAGCAUUCCCCGCUUUGGGGUGAAGACCGAUCAAGAGGAGCUCCUGGCCCAAGAACUGGAAAACCUGAACAAGUGGGGCCUGAACAUCUUUUGUGUGUCCGAUUAUGCCGGGGGCCGUUCCCUCAGCUGUAUCAUGUACACAAUAUUCCAGGAGCGGGACCUGCUGAAGAAGUUCCGCAUCCCGGUGGACACGAUGGUGACCUACAUGCUGACCCUAGAGGACCACUACCACCCCGAUGUGGCCUACCACAACAGCCUGCAUGCGGCAGACGUGCUGCAGUCCACUCACGUGCUGCUGGCCACACCUGCGCUGGAUGCCGUGUUCACGGACCUGGAGAUUCUCGCCGCCCUCUUCGCAGCUGCCAUCCAUGACGUGGACCACCCUGGGGUCUCCAACCAGUUCCUCAUCAACACCAAUUCGGAGCUGGCGCUCAUGUACAAUGACGAGUCGGUGCUGGAGAACCACCACCUGGCCGUGGGCUUCAAGCUGCUGCAGGAAGACAACUGCGACAUCUUCCAGAACCUCAGCAAGCGUCAGCGGCAGAGCCUGCGCAAGAUGGUCAUCGACAUGGUGCUGGCCACGGACAUGUCCAAGCACAUGACCCUCCUGGCUGACCUGAAGACCAUGGUGGAAACCAAAAAAGUGACCAGCUCAGGGGUCCUCUUGCUGGAUAACUACUCCGACCGCAUCCAGGUCCUGCGGAACAUGGUGCACUGUGCGGACCUCAGCAACCCCACCAAACCCCUGGAGCUGUACCGCCAAUGGACUGACCGCAUCAUGGCUGAGUUCUUCCAGCAGGGUGACCGUGAACGGGAGCGUGGCAUGGAGAUCAGCCCCAUGUGCGACAAGCACACGGCCUCAGUGGAGAAGUCUCAGGUUGGUUUCAUCGACUAUAUUGUACACCCACUGUGGGAGACGUGGGCUGACUUGGUCCACCCCGAUGCCCAAGAGAUCCUGGACACAUUGGAGGACAACCGGGACUGGUACUACAGCGCCAUUAGGCAGAGCCCAUCACCACCACCGGAGGAGGAGCCCGGGGGACCAGGUCACCCACCCCUACCUGAUAAGUUCCAAUUUGAGCUGACACUGGAGGAGGAAGAGGAGGAGGAGGUGUCCACUGGCCCAGGUGCAGUCAAAGUGCAGGAAUUGUCCACAGCCCCGGAUGCUGAGCAACCCUUGGAGGUAGAGGAAAUGUACUUGACACAGCGAGCAGACUUAGCAGAUAGUGUGGCUACAGGUGGCCAGGACGGGCCCACGUCUCCAGAUGCAUCCCUGGAUGCUGUGGGCUGCAGCAGCCCCCCUGCCCUGUCUUCUGAGAGCUUCCCUCUGCCUGCCUUGAGGACCCUUCCCCCUCCAGAGGGGGACCCGGGCCUUCUGGGCCUCCCCUCCAUGGCAGCCGAGGUGGGGGCCCAAAAAGAGCAUCAGGCUGCCAAGAGGGCGUGCUGUGCCUGCACAGGGACGUCGGCCGAGGAUCCACCCACACUUUCAGCUCCUGGAGGGUGGGGGCCAGCUGGAGGCCCUACCUGAGCCUCAGCCCCCGCACCCUGUUACCCACCCUGCCUCCCACCACUACCAUCACCCCCCGACCUCCUCCACUGCCUCAAAGACUCUUGGGCCUCCUGAGAAAAAAGAAAACAGAAAAGUGGUUUUUUUUCUCUUUUCUUUUUUGCCCCUUUCCCCCCACCCCCACCCACGGGGCCUCUUUUUGGAGGUGGGGGCUGGGGAACAAGGGGCUGAGGUCCCGGAAGGGAUUUUAUUUUUGGAAUUUUAAUUGUUACAUUUUUAAAAAAAGAAAAAAAAAAAAAAAAGGAUGAAACACAGCAACUGUAGAUGCUCCUGUUCCCGGCUCCCCCUCAUCCAUCUCCAACCCCCCUAACUGCCCCCCCUAGGUUCCAGGCUUAGUCUUCCGGCCUCUCUGGGCUCUUUGCCUGGUGUAGAGUCCCCCUCCAGAUUUUUCUUCUGAAUUUUGGAGGGUCUCUAGAACCCAGCCAGGAAUAGCCAUUCGGGGGCGGGGGGGGCUCUGGGGGUGGAGGGUUGGAGGGGUCCCAGCUCCAGCCCCUCUCUGGCUCUCUGCCCUCCCCCCGGAAGUCUUCCGCCUCAUUUUGCACAAACCUGGCAAUACUGAUUCACGGGGGGCUGGCAGGGCAGGAGCUGUGGGCUUUAGGAUUCAGGGGUGGGGAGUUGGAGGGACAUUCAUAUCACUAACCUGGGGUCUGAGGUAUGAUUCCCCCUCCCCCCUCCACUUGCCACCCCUUUUCCCUUCCACUUGGGUUUCCGUUUGAAUUUUUUCCCUGUGGGGCUGGACGGUUUAGAGCCGCACCCCUGCUUCCAGCUGCUUCUCCUCUUGUUUCUGCCUUAAUGAUUCCCACGGCCAUAGGAGAGGGGGUUGCAGUGGCUCCCACCUGCUCUUUGGGUGGGGUGGGUCCAGGCCCAGAGCCCCCAUCCUGGGCUCCCCCACUUCCCCAGCAUCCUCCUGCUCCCCCACUCUUUGCCCUAGGAGGAAGCAAUAACGGUGUAUACCCACAUUCCCUUUCUGGGCAGCCCUCACCCACCCUGGCACCAAAGUCAUUUUUUCUUUGCCCUCACCUUGCCAAGCCUCCCCCCUCCCCCUAAGCUAUUCCCUGAGCAAUACAACAGACAGAUGCAAGGCCAUUUUUCUCCAAGCCAUGGGGGACUGUUUGGAAGGAGAAACCCCCUCUGCCCCCUCCUCUCUGCCCUUGGCCUGGUUCUGCAACUUAGGCAGGACCGGCCUCUCUCAUUUCCCUCCCCUCUGAUUCUGAGCACACGGUACUGUAGCCUCCAGCUCCCCCAAGCCUUCCAUCUAUCUGUCCUUCCCAGUGGGGAGUGCCACCCGCUCCCACCCCCAUGAUGCUGUACAGGGUUCAUUUUUAAUAGUUUUAGUCCCAGCCGGUGACCGGAGUGGGUUUGUUUUGUUUUGUUGUUUUUUUGGUUUUCCUUUUUCUUUCUUUUUCGUUUGCUUUUUUUUUUUUUUUGUACAUACUGUAAGGUUGGUUUGUAAAUUAUUCUACAGAGGCAAAAAGGGAAAAUAAACUUGCCCUUCCCCCACUGACUCAGUCAGGGGAAGAGGGGUGGGGGUCUCCCGGAGGGAGUCUCCAUUCCUACUGUAUUAUACAAACUGUACCAUACAUAGACCCCGAAGUGUGGACUCAGCGCUGUUGUUUAACAGAGAGUCUUCAAGGGGGGGAGGGGCUUGGUUGAGCCUGCCCCUCCCCUCUGCCCACCGGCCGGGCAAGAUUGGCAACUGGGGACAGGAACCCAGGUGGGGAGCCACAGGAACCCCCGUGAGCUGCUAGAGUGUUGUCCACUUUGUCGAUCAAUCAGUCGGUCUGCUGAUCGAUAAUCAGUCCUUCGAUCUUGUCUCUAAUUAAACCGAGCCUUUCACCGAU